AUGACCAAAAUUAGCUUUUUGCCUACCCUUGAAGAUGCAUACGGAUCUUUGUCACGCGAGCAACUAGAGAUACUAAGGCAACAGGUGCUUUCUGAGGGAGGUGAUGCUGCGUCGAUCCAGUCACGAUUCAACUACUCGUGGGGUCUGAUUAAAUCCGCUGAGCGGGACGACCAAAGGCUGGGCGUUAAACUACUAACAGACAUAUACAAGGAAUCCCCAACGCGCAGGCGUGAGUGUCUGUACUACCUCACGAUCGGCUGUUUCAAGCUUGGCGAGUUCUCCAUGGCUAAAAGAUAUGCUGAUGCUCUAUGCUCACAUGAACCUGACAAUCAGCAAGCGCGCGCUCUGCAGGGCAUGGUCGAGAACAAGAUCCAACAAGAGACUUUCAAGGGUAUUGCGAUUGUCAGUGGUUGCGUUGCAGUUGCUGCAACGCUCGCGGGUAUGUUCGUUAAAAAUAGAAGACGCUAG